AUGUUCAUUCAGACAGAGUCAACGCCGAAUAAUGACAGCUUGAAGUUCUUACCCGGCCAGAAAGUCAUGGAGAGUGGGUCCGCCGAAUUUCUGGACAAUCGAAGCGCAAUGUCUUCACCGCUUGCAAAGCAGCUCUUCCAAAUUCCUGGCGUCAGCAGCGUCUUCUACGGUCCAGACUUUGUGACAGUGUCGAAAGCGUCAGACGUACAAUGGUCAACGCUGAAGCCGGAGAUCUACUCGCGCAUUAUGGAAUUCUUCACAGCCGGCCACCCACUCUUCACGGAUGCCAACUCGGCACAUGGAUCGAGCGACACGCUGAUCCUCGACACCGACAGCGAGACGGUCGCGAUGAUCAAGGAGUUGCUCGACACGCGCGUCCGGCCUGCAAUCCAGGAGGACGGCGGAGACAUCGAGUACCGCGGCUUUGGCGAGGACACCGAUGGGAUCGUCAGGUUGAUGCUGAAGGGAAGCUGUAGAGGAUGCGACAGCUCGACCGUCACGCUCAAGAACGGUAUCGAACGCAUGCUCACGCACUAUAUCCCUGAAGUCAAGGGCGUCGAACAGAUCCUCGAUCAGGAGGACGAGGUCGCUUUGGAUGAAUUUGCCAAGCUCGAGAAACGACUCAGCGCAGAGCGUGAGAAGGAGACGCAACGCGGCUUCUCGAUCUGA